AUGGAACAACGAGAGAUAGUCGAGUACCACUUCUACUGUCCGCCGGGAGUACAGUGCAUCCUAGCCUGCGGAAGCAGCGCCUUCAUCGGAGAGGUGGAUGAUUCGACUAUCCUGAAGUAUCCCCUGGAGCCGGGAGGCGAUUUGACGCGCCUCGAGCUUGAACAUAAGAUUCUCACUGUAGUUGGUCGACAUCCUCGCAUUAUCGGCCACAAAGGGUUCACAGAGACCGGCCUGUACCUUGAACGCGCAGUCAACGGGACAAUCUUCAAAGACCUGACCGCAUCAGAUGUUCCCGCUCCCUCUCUUCAACAAAGGCUGGCAUGGUGCCGAGAACUUUCCGAGGCAGUCGAACAUGUACAUUCAAAAAGGGUGAUCCUUUGUGAUAUCCAGCCUGCAAACGUCUUGGUUGACCGGUGUGCGCAUCUCAAGCUAGCCGGUUUUCAAGGGCGCUAUCUCUCUGAGGACGGUAACAUUAUAUUGGAUGGAUGGUCUGGCGAGCCGUGUCGGUAUUUCUGUCCGCGAGACGAUGAAUUCGCAGCUAACUUCAAGACGGAUUUCUUUGCGCUUGGGUCUACUAUUUACUUUAUUAUGACGGGACAGGGGGUUUUUCCAGAUAUCGCUAGCGGAGAGGCUGGGUGGGAUGACGAGGUUAAGUCACGGUUUGCACGAGGUGCUUUCCCGCAUGAUUCUACUGCCUGUGCCAUUAUCACUCAGAAGUGUUGGAUGCAACAGUGCAACCCCGCGGGAGAGGUUCUCGAGGAUAUCAGACGUGCCGAGCAGGGUUUGGAGUUAGCUUUGAGCUAG